CGGUUCCGGGUCGCCCCCGGCGAGGCGUGCGGGGAGGAGGCGGCGAGAAAUGGGUUUUCGGUGGAAUGGACGGCGGGGGAGUGCAGAUUCUGCAGCGACAGCGGUGGAUUCUGUGGAUUUAAUGAAUCGAUUCACCAUUUCAAGUGUUAUUGCCCUGAUCGCCCACAUGCUUGGCACUGCACACCUAUUCCGGAUUCCAAGUUGUUGGGGGGAAAAAACCGAUCAGUAAAGCUAAUUGUGAGAAGAAAAUCAUAUCUGGAAUUUAGCGGAAACUCGUGAAUGUCUCAUCUGUAAGCCGCCGUGAAAUCCAAUUCGCCGGCGAAGAGACGGGAGAAAAUGUUUUCGCCUCAUCUUCUUCAACAAACAUCUGAUACUCGACCUCAGCAAAUUCUUCAUCGGCCAUGACUACCAGAGCUGCGAGUCAUCAUCUUAUUAUCAUUCAACUCAACUCUGCGAUUUUCCCCUUCAGAUUGCUUCCGAGCUAAGUUUUCUACCCAUUCACACCGCUACAUUCUCGUCAUUUUAUGAUUCUGUUCUUCGUUUUGUGCAAAUUUCAGUCAGAGACGCGUACCUCUUGUCCUCUCCAUCUAACUGUUGACCUCUGACUUCUUGUGCCGUCGGUUCAUAUCGGGCGAAGACUUCUGUUCUGACUGUAGAGAGCAACUGCUAGACGUGGUUAUCCCUAGGCCACGGAUGACGAAACCUUCAUUUAAUUAUAGCCCUAAUUUUGAACGUUCAAACAGAGAUUAUGAAGAGUCAAAGAGUCAAGUCUAUGUAAUGGCUGGUCAAUCGGGGGAAAAUUGGCUCUCUCCAAUUCAUCAAACCGCAUUUUCCUGUACGGUGCCUUGUAAAUUUCUGAAGGAUGUCCCCACCUUGAUUUUUCUCUUUUGGUCAGGUUUCCUGGAGACUCCCAUUCCUGGCUUUUAUCGCAGUUUGGGAUUUUGGACGAGGUCAGCAUAGGAAACCUAGAAAUCAUAAACAUCCCGGAGAAGUAGAUUUGGGGAUCGAGGUGGUUUUCUGGUAAUUUGAAUACCGAAUUCCAUAUGGCGUUCUUUUGUUUCAUUUUGUUCUUCGUUCUCUCUUAUCUAGUAUCACUUCAGUUGGCUUUGAAUGAGAGCAGUUUCAUUCAUCCAGAUUGUCCGGCCUUCGAAUGCGGGAAUCUCGGCCUCAUAAGAUUCCCUUUUAAUAACGAAUCGCUCCUUGAUUGCGGAUUAUACACAGUAAGAAACUGCAAGACACAGCCACAAAUCCAGCUGAGACGUGGAGGAGUUUGGUUCGGAGUUGCUUCCAUAUCUCAGGCUAAUGUCAUCCUUAUCGACGACCAAGAUCUUAAGAACCGAAUAGAUUCUCAUAAUUGUUCUAUUCUGGCCGAUCUGGCUCUUCCAGAAACUGCUUCAUCUUCUUUAUACACAGCUGAUAAUAUUACUUUGUAUAAUUGCAGAGAUAAGCCUAAAGAUGCUACUCCUCUUUUCCUUAGUUCAUUUAACUGCUCUGGUUAUUACACAUACCCCAACUCUAGUGGUCCGUCCAACUGUUUCAACUCUAAAGUUCUAAAAAUUCCCGUUAACCCGGUUGGUUCCCAGAAUCCAAUUAUUGAGUUUACUUAUAAAUUCCAUCUUCAAGUGACCAUAGCUCGUCGUUGUUAUGAAUGUUAUUAUGGAGGCGGCCAAUGCCUGACUACCCCAGAAGGAAACUUCAAUUGUAAAAAUGGAAAAACUAUAACAGAAGGUGAAAGAAAUAACUUGAGGAUAGCACUAGGUGCUGGAGUCCCAGGUGUAAUUCUGCUUAUGUUAUUAUUUGCUCUUUGUCUUUGGUACUGCAGAAAAAGGCAUGCUGCUCCAAACAUCCUAACAAGGAAUAUAUCUUGCGAACCGUUCUCAAAAUUCGACCUGGAAGAUGGUGGUGUGUGCUUUGAAGUCCCUGUUUUCUCCUAUGUCGAACUCGAAAAGGCGACUAACAAAUUUGAUCGUGAUAAAGAACUUGGAGAUGGCGGUUUUGGAACUGUAUACCAUGGAAAACUUCAUGAUGGUCGGGAAGUUGCAGUGAAACGCCUUUAUCAACAUAACUACAGACGAGUAGAGCAAUUCAUGAACGAGGUCAAGAUUCUCACCCGCCUUCGCCACAAAAAUCUUGUCUCCCUUUAUGGAUGUACUUCAAGAUGCAGUCGUGAACUUCUCCUUGUUUAUGAAUUCGUCCCAAAUGGUACUGUUGCUGAUCAUCUCCAUGGCGAACAAGCAAAUUCUAGCUUGCUCACAUGGCCCAUUCGGAUGAGCAUUGCCAUUGAAACAGCAAGUGCUCUAGUUUAUCUCCACGCUUCAGAUAUCAUUCAUCGUGAUGUGAAGACUACCAACAUUCUCUUAGACAAUAACUUUUCCGUCAAAGUUGCUGAUUUUGGGAUCUCUAGACUAUUCCCAAACGAUGUCAGUCAUGUCUCAACCGCUCCUCAAGGGACCCCUGGCUAUGUUGAUCCCGAGUAUUACCAGUGUUAUCAACUUACAGCCAAGAGCGACGUGUAUAGUUUCGGCGUUGUAUUAAUCGAGCUUAUAUCGUCAAUGCCAGCUGUGGAUAUAACAAGGCAUCGACAUGAGAUUAAUUUGUCUAACUUAGCUGUGAACAAAAUCCUAAAACAGGAGAUUGACGAGCUGAUUGAUCCAUGCCUCGGGUCUCAAUCAGAUAAAAACACUCGACAGAUGAUAAUGGCAGUGGCAUGGCUAGCUUUUCUGUGUCUGCAGCAAGACAAGGAAAGGAGACCAACAAUGGAAGAAGCUCUGGAGACUUUAAAGAGGAUCGAGAGCGGGGAAGAAGACGGUGAGAAUCUGCAGGAUGAUAAUGGUGCAGUGUUGAAGAGCUUUGAUACAGCUCCUUCUCCAGAGUAUGACGAGGUUGUGUUGUUGAGGAGUAAGAGGCAGCAGUUGUCUCCUACUUCUGUUGCUGAUAAAUGGUUCAGCUCAACUUCAUUAAAUCUCAGUGCAUCAACUUCAGUAUCAUCUCUUUCUUAGUUCUUUUUUCUCUGCUCUUUUUAGUUUAAUGAUAGAAGAUGAGAUAAUGAUCAUGUAGGAAAGAAAUAAAUAAUUUGGCUCCUUUUUCUAAAAACUAAUAUAUGAUAAUGUUACAUGUAUCUGAGAAUGACUUUUUUGUAUACAAUAUACAGAUUACAGGGCAGGGAAUGUACAUAGGAAUUAUUGAUACUGUCAUGCAGCUGUAAAUACAUUCUUUGCACAUUUUUUUGGGGUUA